UUCAUUUUGAUCACUUGAGGACUGAGCAGUAGAUUGAGAUAACACAUUGCAUAAUCUGCAUGCAACUUUAAUAUUGGGCUGGUCGAUUACAGUGAACCAUUCGAAGCCAGUUUGCAUACAUCAGCAGAGAUCAAGGGGUGUGCGACUUGGACAUUGUCGUGUUGGGAUUUGUUUCCUUAAUUCCUUGCGUUUCCCAUUAGUUUUGCCUUGUCUAAGGAUCCGGUACAAUGGAGAAAACCUUUAAUUUGUCCAACGGUGCUCAAAUUCCUUGUGUUGGGCUUGGAUGCGGUGCGAUUAAAGAAGAUGAAAUCGAAGAUACACUUAGGACCGCCCUUAAAUCCGGAUAUCGGCUUUUUGAUUGUGCCUUGCUUUACGGGAACGAAGCCUGGAUCGGAACAGCUUUUGAAAAAAUCUUUAGCGAAGGUGAAUAUUCCAGAGAAGAUGUGUUUAUAACGACAAAGCUUCCAAUGAUUGGAAAUCACCCCGAUCGAGUUGAAUAUUUUCUCAAGAAAUCCUUGGAAAACUUGAAGACUUCCUUCGUCGACUUGUACCUCAUUCAUUUUCCGGUAGGAUUUCAAUAUGAGAACGAAGACAACUACUUUCCAAAAAAGGAUGGGAUAAUUCAACUUGACUUUUCUCAUACCGACCUUGUCAGCCUGUGGAAGGCGAUGGAGCAGCAGGUCAUUGCCGGCCGCACGAAGGCAAUCGGUAUUUCCAAUUUCAACGUGAAACAAAUCUCACAAAUUUUAAAGUGCAGAAUACCCCCAGCAAAUUUACAAAUUGAGGUGCAUGCCUAUUUCCAACAAAAAGAACUGCGAGACUUUUGUAAGAAUAACGGAAUCGUCGUAGAGGCAUACGCCCCACUUGGAAGUCCUGGGAGGCGAGAAGCAUUUAAGCCAAACGGAGUCCCUCAAGUCCUUGCUGACCCAAUAGUAACUGCCAUUGCUCAACGCUACAGCAAAUCUCCAGCCCAAAUACUGUUGAGGUUUCUGGUAGAUGAAAAGGUUGUUGUGCUCCCAAAAAGCGUAUCUCCAGUAAGAUUACACGAAAAUAUAGAGUUAUUUGACUUUGAGAUGACAGCAGAAGACCAUGCUCAACUGAAUUCCUUAGACCGGGGCGAAAAGGGACGCUCAUUUGACUACCUCAAAAUAUUUCAAGGGCUAGAGAAGCAUCCAGAGAAUCCAAUGCCGAUUAUGGAAUUUGUGGAGGAAUGAUCUCACCGAUCAUGAUACAUAUACUGACCUUGUACAUUAAGUUGGUCCAUACAUGUAUACGAAAUUUUAAUUCUAGUUUCAUAUAAAGAUUUAGUUCAUAAUAAUAAAAGUUCAAUUAAAUAAUCAGUAACGCA